CUGCUCCGCUCGUGCAGUCAGUCGUAGUCGGACCUCCGCAGCGGCCGCACACCAACCCUCAGGUCUACGUGCUGCUGCUGCUGUGAAAACCAACAUAUCGGGAUUGUUUUGGCGUUAAAACUUGGAUACUGUUUGCAAAUUCGUCCCACUGGAACAAUGUUGAGUAGUUCAAAGAGCUUGGAAGUGCCCGCAGCCGGCAGUCUGUCCCCAUCAUCCUGCUCCAGCCUUUUGAAGUGAGGCCAGGAGUGUGAACUGCUCUCCAGCCAAACCGACUCCUCCUUGUCCCCUCCUGCCGCCUUCAAAAGUGUCUCCAGACAAAAACACUUUUUUGCUGCCAAGGACACAGAAAGCAAGUGAGACAAGGACCCAGGAAACCAGAGAGAUAGUGGGAGUUUAGAGGAAGACCCGCCACAGGGAAUAAUUCAGUCCUAUAAAUCUUUAGAGGGAAUAUUCCACUUCAUAAGACCUUAAACAUGGGGAACCAGUUAACAGAUAUUGCCCCCAGCACCCCGUUCCUCCCCAGCUUCCAGUCCUUACACGUCGUGGUGAUCGGUUUGGACUCCGCGGGGAAAACCUCCCUCGUCUACAGGCUCAAGCUGCGGGAGUUUGUCGAGACGAUCCCCACCAAAGGCUUCAACAUGGAGCGCAUCAAAGUUCCCAUGGGGAACUCCAAAACCAACACCACCACGUUCCAGGUGUGGGACGUCGGCGGACAGGAGAAACUGAGGCCCCUCUGGAAGUCGUACACCAGGAGGACCGACGGGCUGGUGUUCGUGGUGGACGCGGCCGAGGCGGAGCGCAUGGAGGAGGCCAAGGUGGAGCUCCACCGGAUCGCGCGGUCGGCCGAGAACCAGGGGGUGCCCGUGCUGGUUCUGGCGAACAAACAGGACCUGGAUGGAGCCGUGUCAGCUACAGAGGUGGAGAAGGUUCUGGCUCUCCAUGAGCUCAGCUCAUCCACGCUGCACCACACAGAGGGCUGCUCGGCGUUGGACGGUCAGGGCCUGCAGCCCGGCCUGGAGAAACUCUACGAGAUGAUCCUGAAGAGGAAGAAGAUGCUCCGACACAGCAAGAAGAAGAGAUGAGGCGGCGGCUCGCAGCGGUGCUGGGCAUAGAGGUUUACUUUUUGAACCGCUACUCGUCCGAGGAGCCUCUCAGCAGCCACGUCUGUGACACUUUGGGAACUUGAGUGGGUGAAACCACAGGGGAAGUCUGUCAGUCCUUCAGACAAGUUGGGAGUCGUCUUCAACCAAGUUCAAACUUUGGCUGUUCCACAUGUUCACACCUUGGUUCACCCUCUAAGACAUCGGAGCAGACCUGCUUCCUUUGGGAUUGUGUCUGCACUCCCCCCCCCCCCCCCCCUCUCCUCCUGUCCCAUCCCCCAUCCUUAGAGGAGCACACCACAGAGACGGGACAGCUCCAGAGGAUAGCCUGUGCAAUAUAUGAAGAACACUCACUGAUGCACUCACUCCAGUAUUGAAGGAUAUUUUGUACCACUUUGUACGAACUGUAGUGCCAACAGAAAGCUUGCAGGCCUGGCCUGAGAAUAGUUCCUGUUCCUUUCAAUGUCACACUUUACUCCAAAUCUUCAUGUUGCAUGAUGUUCACCCAAAAUACCUGCUUGGGAAUAUUAAGACAACACUUUUGUUGAUCAAAAGAAGACUUAUUGAGAUUAUACUAGUUUAGAAACUGCCCAGUGUUCAGUUAGGUAUGUCAUUGGGACUGCAGUUAACGUGUGACAUUUACAGACUGAGGCUGCAGAGUCCAGCUGUGCAAGUUUAGAUUGUUUUUCACUCCUCACCAAAGUUUGUUUGCUCGUCACAGUUCGGUGUAUUUCAGGGGUUGGCUGAGCGGUUGGUCGGGAAGUUCAAAUGAGAAAUUGUUUUUUAUAUCGUGUAUACAUUUUGUUUUGUAAAAUGUCAACAUGAAUAAAUUAUUGAGCAACUUUGGCAUUA